AUGUUCCGAGGCGCCCGCCAGGUUCCAGUUCGGUUCACCGCGUCCAACUCCAGCUCGGCCCUCCGAGCUACCUCGCCCCGCCCCGCCCCGCCCCUUUUGGGCCGCAGUGAAAAUCCGGACGGGAUCGCCCCAGGGCCAGGUUCCGUGCUCCCCAAGCCAGGUUGUGCACGCUGGAGGCCGGGGUUGCUAGCCCGAGUACGGGACGGUAGGAAGCUGCAGCCUGCGAGUGGGCGGGGCCGAGGAGACAUAGGAGGGUUCAAAAGGAGGUGGAGGGAUACACCCACAGUCGGAACUACUUUCAGGAGGUCACGUGUGUUCCUAGUUGGGGAACUUUCCAAAUUCCCACUCCCCUAUGAUAGCUGCAGAGGCGAAUGGUUCGCUUACUUCGUCCGGGGUGCUCCCGCCUUGUGCGGACAAGGGACCCCAGAGCCUCCGGGGUCGCGGCGGAAAAACGGAUUUAGCGAGUCACCUACCGGAGCACUGUCGGGGCUGACGCCUGGGAGCUGGUUACACAAGCACCCACAUCCAAACACGUGCCCCCGCCUCCCGCACCAGUGGCUGCCGCCGCUGAUUGUUGCAGACCACCGAGCGAGAGUUCCCAAGUUGGUCCCACUCUUCGCCUGUUACCCACAGAGCAAAUUAAAUGGCCGAGACCUGACACUCUUAGCUCAGGACGGCUAAAACUGCGCGUUCCCAACAGUGGGAGAAGGGGCUGGGCCCCGGGGGGUCUGGGGCUUCUCGUUUGCUAGUGCCCGAUGCUCCUUAGGGCGAACCUUUUCCUUAGUGCCUUGCUCGCGGGGCAAAAGGGUAUCUCCUGCAGCAGCCCGCUGCUUGGGUUCAACGAUGUUGCAACAAACUUCCAGUCACUACCCUUGAGCUGAUGACCUGGUGAGCGCGCCCCACCUACUGUAAACUCAGCCAAGUGACUUAUCUGGUCGGAGAACCUAGUCAAUGGCCGUCAGCCCAGAAUAAACCUGUCAAGUCUGCUUACAGCGUCGAUUACUUGACCUAUCCCGGCGAGAGAGCUGGUUCAGAAAUGCUGGGAACUGGAGCGCAUUUACCCCGACAUUGAUCAGCUGCAAAGCGAGUUGUCCACCUUCUGCUUAGAGAAAAUGGGCAUCAAUCUAGGAAUUUCUUCCUUUUCUUUCCCCUGGGAAGUAGAACUCAAGGAGACAAUUGGAGU